AUGCUGAGAUUUUCCCCGUCGUCUCCGGCCCUAUCUACUAGGGAAGGAGGGGGAUGUUUCGUGCUGGGUGCCCGGCCAGGGGGGUCCCGCCCGCCGGGAGGGGCCGGCCCGGCCCCGCCUCCGCCCCCGCGGAGCGGUGCGGAGCUGCGCGGAGCCCGGAGGAGCUCGGGAGCCGCGGAGAUGCUGAGCUCGCCCUGGGCACGCUUCUACUCCAACAGCUGCUGCCUCUGCUGCCAUGUCCGCACCGGCACCAUCAUCCUCGGCGUCUGGUACCUGAUCAUCAACUCGGUGGUACUGCUGAUUCUGCUGAGCGCCCUGACCGACCCUGACCAGUACCACCUCACCAGUGCCGAAUUAGGGGGUGAAUUCGAAUUUAUGGAUGAUGCCAAUAUGUGCAUUGCCACAGCAAUUUCUCUUCUAAUGAUUCUGAUUUGUGCAAUGGCUACAUAUGGCGCGUAUAAGCAACAUGCGGCUUGGAUCAUCCCUUUCUUCUGUUACCAGAUCUUUGACUUCGCUCUCAACACGUUGGUUGCCAUCAGUGUACUUGUCUAUCCCAGCACAAUUCAGGACUACCUCCGCCAGCUGCCCAGCAAUUUUCCCUACAAGGAAGAGAUCAUGUCUGUGAACCCUACAUGCCUGGUUGUGAUCAUACUCCUUUUCAUAAGCAUCAUUUUGGCUUUUAAGGGUUACUUGAUAAGCUGCGUGUGGAACUGUUACCGAUACAUUAAUGGCAGGAACAACUCAGAUGUGUUGGUGUACAUUACCACCAAUGACACUGCGGUGUUGUUGCCACCAUAUGAUGAUCCUGUGAAUGGAGCUGCUAAAGAUCCACCACCACCUUAUGUGUCAGCAUAAGUGAGAGUGCGCUAUGUACCUAGGGAGGAUAGCUUUACUUUCAGACACUGGAGCAAUAGUUUGAUAAUUUCACUUCCAGGGUAUAACCUCUAUGGGUUAUACGUUGCUGUUUUGCUGACAUAUUGAAACCUAAAUUGUAUGAUUAAAAUUCUGUAGAUAGUUUUAAUAAUUUGCUGCAACUACAGUAGUGUGCUGAACUAGUUUCAGAACAAUUCUGGGUAGCGAUAAGGUUACAGUAGUUGCUGAAUAGCUUUGUCCACAUCUGACAUGCAGUGCUACAGGAUAGAGAACUUGGCAUUCUCAGUCAGGUUCAGAGUGUAAUGUGCUUUUUUUUUUUUUUUUUUUUUAAUUUAUAAAACUUCCAAAGAAUUACAAAUGCGUUUCUCAGAUGCCCACUUUGACCUUCAGAAUACAGACCAAAUCCAAAAAGUGACAUUCAGCUUCAUUCCUGUUCUGCAAAAAUCUAUGAGUAAGCAUACUUACUCAUAUGAAUAGUGAUGAUUGCAAGAAGAAUGAAAGUUACGUACUAUUCUCAUCAACCUGGCUAGUAAGAAACCAAUUUAAUGGGGAAAAAUAAGUAUGGGAAACCAGAGUAGACAAAGCACUCUGUGAUGUGUAACAAGCCAGAACCUGUGGUCUACAACGACUCAGUCCCAGCCUGUAACUAUUCUAAUGGUCAAAACAAAACAAAACAAAAACAAACAACUUCUUACCAACUUCUGGUAAUUUUCUUUUCCUGCCUAUACACCAUUUUUCUCUCCAGAAACUUCUCAAAUAGCAUUUUGAGGUCACAAACUCCCUGUUUUUAAAGUCUCACGGUUAGGUGGCAAAGCUGCAUCUUUCACACUCGAUAUGCAAAUGUUUUCCCAUUGGAAUGUGCCUGUAAAUAUCGCAGUGUUCUGCUGGGUGUGAAGUAAAUUAUGCAGAUUCCAAGAUAUAUGUUCCCAGCCUAUGGGAAACUUAUGCAUGUACCUUCCUGGAGCAUUAGCAUAUACGUUUAGCGUGUUUCUCGUAUACAUCAGCAUGAGGAUUUCAGAUUCCUUUUAUAACCGAACUGGUUAUGCUGAGAAUCUUCCUCAUGGGACUCAUCCAUCCACGAAUGCUUGCGUGAGGUAUUUUUUUUUCUUCCCCCGAGAAGUGCCUCCUGCACAUGUAACUUUUUGUUGCUGACGAAGAUGCUACUUUUAACUGAAAAGGAUCAGGACAAGGAAAUACAAUGUCUAUCUCUACCUCUCACCGCUCCCCCCUGUGGUGCCUCCUCUGCAUUUGGGGUGAUUAAGCAGGCUGAAGCAAGGCUGAUGCCACUGCACAGAGGAAAAUUGCAGUGCAGAGCUGAGGGGUGGUUUGGAGGGGCACCAGAAGAAUCCAAGGGGCCAUCUCUCCCGUGGCUGGGCUGGCACGUGCACCCACACCCUUCCCAGGGAGGACGUCUGUUCUUGCAUGCAGUGCAUUGACUCCAUCCUGCAGACUGAAGAAGAGUGGAGCUUUUCCUGCCUUUUUCUGGAAAAGACCUUUCCAGGGGAACACAGGACCGACAACUUCUUUUCACAGAGGUUCUCACCAUGACAAGUCCUUGCAGAGGCCAUGGAAGGAAGGGUCACAAGCUCUUUCUGCCUGUCUUUUCCACACCCCUGGGAAAAAGCACGUCCCAAUCUGCCUCUUGGCAUCUUACUUUGUGGUUCAUUCACUCUGAGUUCAAACUAAGCAAUGCUUUUGACUGAACCAACCCUGAAGUCCAUCCAUUGAUCUCUGUCACAGUCCCGUUGCUUCCUUCAGAAUAACUCCAUGUGUAAUGAUCUCAUUGCAGUUAUCUUUGGGAAUUAAUCUGAAUUUAGGGGGUUGGGCUGGCUGGUUGGGCUUCUGAGCUUCGUUUUCUUUCAUUCUUGACAGAUUUGU